GCUUUUGACUUUCCCUAAACAAAGUUACAAACGCUCCCUUUUUUUGCGCCUCUUUACCAGCUCAGAUAUGGCAAAUUUAAUAGUAGAAUGGAACGGCAAAUAGCAGACGUAGAAGAAAAGGUUUGAGACAAUUCAAUUGCAAUAUCAAAUGAUUAAGGAGAAAAAAAAAAAUGUAAGGGGGGAAGGAGAAAGCAGAGGAUGACCCACCACCUAGGCCCAUUGAUUUGGACGAUUGCAAUCUAUGCUUUGAACGUCACCUGUUUGACGAAAAUGGCCAAUGAACUCCACGCACAACAGCAACUUCUGCAACUGGCAGCAGCAGCAGCAGCAGCUCACCUUGGCCAAGAGUUCAAGGCAGAGAUACAAUGAAUGGAUUUUCCGGGAUGUUCCUAGUGAUAUUACCAUAGAAGUGAAUGGAGUUAUGUUUGCAUUACAUAAGUUUCCUCUUGUCUCAAGGAGUGGCCGAAUCCGAAAGUUAGUAGCAGAACACAGGGAUUCUGAUAUUUCAAGGAUAGAGCUCCUUAAUCUACCUGGAGGUGCCGAGUCAUUUGAGCUUGCAGCGAAAUUUUGUUAUGGUAUUAAUUUCGAGAUUACAUCUGCAAAUGUUGCUCAACUGUGUUGUGUUUCUGACUACCUUGAAAUGAAUGAGGAAUUUUCAAAAGAUAAUCUUGGUUCGAGAACUGAAGAAUAUCUUGAAAGCAUUGUGUGCAAAAACCUCGAAAUGUGUGUUGAAGUGUUGCAACAAUGUGAAAACCUACUUCCUCUUGCUGAUGAACUGAAAGUUGUUAGCCGCUGCAUCGAUGCUAUAGCCUCCAAGGCAUGCGUUGAGCAAAUUGCUUCAAGUUUCUCACGCUUGGAGUAUAGCAGCUCAGGUAGGCUGCACAUGAACAGGCAGGCCAAAAGUGAUGGGGACUGGUGGAUUGAAGAUCUCUCUGUUCUUCGGGUUGACUUGUACCACAAGGUCAUAAUGGCAAUGAAAUGUCGUGGCGUCCGUCCUGAGAGUAUUGGUGCAUCACUUGUAAAUUAUGCCCAAAAGGAGUUGGCAAAGAAAUCCAGCUUAUGGAAUCCAUCUAGCCAACAGAAAGUUGAUUUGGUCGCCAGUUCAAACACUCGAGAAAGGCUUGUGGUUGAGACCAUUAUCAGUCUUUUGCCUGUUGAAAAGCUUGCUGUUCCCAUCAGUUUUCUUUUUGGGCUUUUGCGCAGUGCUGUGAUGCUUGAUUGCACAGUUGCUAGUAGGCUUGAUCUUGAGAGGAGGAUUGGGUCCCAGCUGGACAUAGCUACUCUUGAUGACCUUCUGAUUCCCUCCUUCCGUCAUGCCGGUGAUACUUUAUUUGAUGUCGACACAGUUCAUAGGAUCUUGGUAAAUUUUUCUCAGCAAGAUGUUAGUGAAGAUGACAUGGAAGAUGCUUCUGUUUUUGAAUCUGAUAGUCCAGAGUCACCUUCUCAGACCGCAUUAGUCAAAGUUGCGAAGUUAGUGGACAAUUAUCUUGCAGAAAUAGCCCCUGAUGCUAACCUCAAACUUGCCAAGUUUAUAGUCAUCGCAGAGAGUUUACCAGCACAUGCACGUACUAUUCAUGACGGGCUAUAUCGAGCCAUAGACAUUUACCUCAAAGCACAUCAGGGUUUACCUGACCCGGACAGGAAGAGACUCUGCAAGCUGAUUGAUUUCCAAAAGCUGUCACAAGAAGCUGGCGCACAUGCUGCGCAAAACGAGCGCCUCCCUCUCCAAUCAAUUGUCCAAGUACUCUAUUUUGAGCAAUUAAGGCUUCGAAAUGCCUUAGGCUGCUCUUGUCCCGAAGAUGAACCCAAGCCAAUGCACCAGUCAUGGCGGAUCAGCAGCGGUGCACUCAGCGCAGCAAUGUCUCCCCGAGACAACUAUGCUUCCCUGAGGCGAGAAAACCGGGAGCUGAAGCUUGAACUGGCACGGUUACGGAUGAGACUGAAUGAUCUGGAGAAGGAGCAUGUGUGUAUGAAGAGAAAUAUGGAGAAGUCUAAUUCCCGUAGAUUCAUGAGUUCUUUCUCAAGGACGAUUGGGAGGCUGAACCUUUUUGGAAGUAGUUCUUCAAGGGGAUCAAGUUCUCCUUCCAAGAAUUCGCAAAGAACAGAUUCUAAGGUGAUGGAAAGAACAUGAAUGAGCAUGCUUUAGUUAAUUAACUAGCCUAUUUAUUUAUCUAUUUCUUCUGAGUAACUGAGAUUCAUGAUCCUGGUGACCUGCUUUUUUUUUUCUUCUUCCCUUUUAAGUGGUGCAUUGAGUUGGCAAACAA